GCAGUCCAUUUGCAGGGACUCUUAUUGGCGCCUUCUUUUGGCACAGCUUUCCGGGAACUGUUGGAGGAAGAGUGUUUCUUCCUGCGUCCCAGGCUUCCCAGCGGCGCCCGUUGCCGGGGAACGCAGGCGCCGUGGGAAGGGAUGGCGGGAGCGUACAGCUUAGGAGCUAGCACCAGCGUUGAAUUGGUGACGAAGGGCCCAGGCUCGACAUGAAACAACGGAAAGGCCAAGUGCCUGGGGGCGGCCGUGGGCGCAAGAAGCGAGGUUUGAGUGACAUUUCCCCAUCUACAAGCCUGCCACCUCUGGUUGAAGGACAGUUACGAUGCUUUCUCAAACUUACUAUUAACAAGGUCGUAUGGAAGAUUGCGAAGCCUCCUGCUUCUGUACUUGUCCGAGUGAGAUGGUGGGGAGAAACAUCGGACGGAACCCUCUUUUGUCCCAGGGACGCAUUACAGACUGAGCCAAAAGCUGUGAGAACAACUACCCGUUAUGCUAUUCGCUGUGGCCCGAAGCAGUUCACCUCAUACCUAACAGAUAUGGCCGUGCUGGUGUUGGAAGUAAUCACCAAGUUUGAUCAUCUUCCAGUCGGCAGAGUUCAGAUCAGUGGACUCGCCCAGCUCUCUCCAACCCAUCAAAUCAAUGGGUUUUUUACCAUUGUUUCACCAGCGUCUAAGAAACUUGGAGAACUUCAGGUCUCACUUGCCCUGGAGCCUCUGUCAGAAACUUACGACAGCUACAAACCUCUUCCUGCCACUGAAGUGACAGAAAAUGUGCUUUUAUCUGAGCGAGAACUCAGAGAGAAUGCUGAAUCCAGCAACAACCAGUCAAGGAUUCCAUCAGGGUCUUAUAGGGUACCUGCCAUCAAAACUGAUGGGAAAGAAUUAGCAGGCAACAGCAGUAGGUCAACCACACCAAGGGGAAAGGACCACUUGUACUUUGCAGAGAACUCCGAUGCAGUAAAGAGCUCUUCGUGUGGACCACGGCAUCAACUUAAUCAAGGGACGAAUGUAGAGACUGUAACCCUGAGAGGCAAAGCCCCACAGAAGCAGCUGUCCCUCCUGAACAGGUCUGAGUUUCAGCCACAAAUUAAUACAGUCGCCAAGAGUCACAGUGACUCAUGCAUCCUGUCUUCAAACAACCCCCCUACAAAGGACCUUCUUUCAGCUCUGCUAGAACAAGGCAGUAGGCUGCGGAAUGCCAUGUUGAUUUCUGCAAUGAACACCAGCCCAGAUACUAGUAUGCUGCUGGACAAAGUUCCUCCUCCUGUGGCAGAUGAUGUUUCCAGAUCACCGGUGCUGAACUCACCUACGAAUCAAUGUAAAGGCCACCGUGAAGACCACCUCCUGCCCUUGGUGGACACCAGAGCUAUACAGCUACUGUUGGGCAGUGCUGAAUUAUCCCAGAGUCAUUGCUGGAAUGGAUUAGGCUCUCCUCCAGAUUCCCCGGCUCCUGGGAGUGAUGUGUAUUGCAGCAGUGACCUGAAUGAUCCUCAGUAUGACCAGAGUCUCCUGGAGAACUUGUUUUACACAGUGCCUAAAUCUGAUGUUGGCGCCAGUGAUUUCCUCAGUGAAGAUGAUGGACUGGAGCCUUCUAAAACAAUGAACCAGUCAAAAGCCUCUGACAGAUCUAAGGUUGAAGGGUCACGUGAGCAGAAGCUGAAGAAAAGGGCAGCUGUCAAGAAAAGCAGAAAUGCAGCGAUGUCACUAAGUGUGGAUAGACUGGCUCUCCUGGGAAGAGUACAUGCGGUCAGAAUCAUCAUUGAAGCCAUGGGAGUCCCUCCAGAUAGUCCCCAUGCGACACCAAGCAGGAAGAUCUUUGCUGGGAAGCCACCAAAGCCAGCAGCGGCAAAAAAGUGCACUUUCUUUGUGGAAUAUCACUUUCCUGUGGGCUUUUCCAAAAAUGGACUGGGAAAGACAGCCUUGAUCACUGAGGUGGUUCGACUUGCCUCCAGUAAAAUCUCAGAUGGAGUGGUGAAAUUCCAGCAGCGGUUUGUGUGUCCCAUAGAGUUUGGUGGCGCAAUGAUAGAGCAUUGGUGGAGUUCAAACCUCACCUUCCAAGUUUAUGCAAAGAAAACCCCACAGAAAAAGCCAGAAGCUGUUGGGUCUGCAUCUCUCCCUUUGCGAGCUGUCCUUGAGUCAGAGCUGCUUGCUUUCAGUCGCCAGCUUCCGGUGCAACAGGAAAAUGGUCUGUCUUCACUUGGCCCCCUAAAGGUCACCAUGGAACUUGUCUUAGGAAACAAGGAUUUCACUGGCAUCAGUGCUAAGUUAAGACGCAGCACCCAGCCUGCUCCACCUUCAGCUGCUGCAAGUCUAGAUGCGGUACUGCCUGAGACAGGCCAGGGCACUGCCUGUACCAACAGUACCACCUGCACCACCUGUACCAACAGUCCACAGAGCCCAAAUAAAAUUCACAAGGAAACGACAAAGAAAACCCAGAAUUUAGUGUUCCCUGAGCCAGAGUCAGCCAGCUCUGUAGCCUCAAACUCUUCGGCUUUCAUGGUUAUGCCACCUAGCAAUUUAGUACCUCAGGUAAAUGGCUCAGCCAAAGAAGACGGUUUGCUGUUACAUGUGCUGUUGAUGGUGCCAGAUGGGAAAGAUUUUGUUUUUGGAGAACCAGAGAAACAACCAUCGUGCAAUGUUUAUUUGAACUGCAAGCUCUUCAGCACAGAGGAAGUCACCAGAUCUGUCGUCUCGUGGGGCACAACACAGCCUGUCUUUAAUUUUUCUCAGGUGAUUCCUGUCUCUCUGUCCUCCAAAUGCCUGGAAAGACUUAAGAACAAUGUGAUGAUAAUCGAAACUUGGAACAAGGCGCGGAGCCCGGGACAGGACCAGCUGCUCGGGCUGGUGAAGCUCCCUCUGCACCAGUUCUACAUGUCCUUCAAGGAUCCCAAGAUUUCUCGCCUGCUGCUUGAUGCCAGGUACCCAGUUGUUGCUGUCGACAGCUAUAUGCCUGUGAUUGAUGUAUUCUCAGGCCACCAAAAUGGGAGUCUUCGAGUCUUUUUAGCCAUGGGUUCUUCAGAUCAGAUAAUGAUGCUGCAAAGAUUAAAGAAUGAAGAAGGAACGCUCCCUCCCUUCAGCCCUAGGCCAGCCCAUUUCCUGGACCAGCCACCUGUAGCAUCUGUUGCUAUGCCAGAAAAACAAGGAGCCCAGUUGGUGGAGCACCACUUUGAGUUCCAUGUGGUGAUGGUUAAAGGGCUCAUGCCCCUUCAGGCAACCGUCUGGGGAGAAGCAGAUUGUUACGUCCAGUACUACUUCCCUUUUCAAGACUCCCAACCCAGUAUGCUGCAAGGACCUGCCCUCCUUGAGAACGGAAUUACUCUGAAGCCCUUUAGAACUUCAACCACACUGUGUGUCCCAGAUCCCGUCUUUAAUAGUCAGCACCAUCACUCUCUCCUGCUGCCAACCGAGGUUCCAGUGCAGAGGCUCCUGCUGAGCGCCUUCUCCUCCCAGGGGCUGGUGCCUGGGGGUGGAGUCCAGUUUGAAAUCUGGUGCAGAUACUAUUAUCCUAAUGUAAGGGACCAGAUGGUUGCCAAAGGAACCUUGCCUUUAUCAAGGAUCUCUGCCAUGGUAACCAUGCAGCACCGUGAAGACAUUGGGACGCAGAACUUUAAUCUCCCGUUAACCCCCAGACUUGAGCCCAGCAAGGAACUGAAGAGCCAGUCAUCAGGUUUCCUGGAUGUGAGUUUGAGAUACCGGCGUAGUCCAAGAACAGCAGAGGGAGUCCUUGCUGCCCGAGCUGUCUCCAUCUCAGUCCAGAUUAUCAGAGCCUGUGGUCUUCAGGCAGCAGCCAAGGCUUUGGCUGAGCAGGAACCCGCUCUACAGUUUAGUGCCGCUGUUGGAGUCAAUGCUUCGGUCACCACCCAUCUCUCAUUUCUGCCCAAAGGGGAACAGCGCCAAACCCGCCCUGUGGCCUGCUCCUUCUGCCCCGAGUUCUCCCAUCACCUUGAGUUCCCGUGUAACCUGGUGACUCAGCACUGUAGCGGAGAAGCCUGCUUCCUGGCAGAGCUGUUGGAGUUUGCAGAAAUCAUUUUUGCUAUCUAUCAUGAAAAUACCAAAUCAGUCAGUGAUAUAACCAGGAUCCAGUCAUGCAAAAACUAUCUGCUUGGAGUAGUAAAGGUUCCAACAAAAGAUCUGCUGGUCAAGAGAUCUGGGAUCACAGGAUGGUAUCCUGUCAUUUUACCGGAAGAUGAAGGCCUGCAUCAGGGCCUGGAAUUUAUGCAGAAGAUUGUGGGAGGCCUGGAGCUUUCUGUCUCCUUCACGCAUCCCGGAGAUAGAGAGCGGGUGUUGGAAGCUGCUGAGCUGUUGGGCUGGAGCUUUGAGGAUACCCCAAAGGAUCUUGUCAAAAUGGAAGAAGAGGUGCCAGCCACUGUCACCAUCUCCACCCCCAGACUCUGGCUCCCUCUCCACUGUGUGCUGCUCGCUGGUCAUAAGAACAUUCAUAAGAAUACAUAUUGCUACCUUCGCUACAAGCUAUACAAUCAAGAAGCCUUUUGGACUCCUCUCAGGAAACCUAAGGAGUCUACAGACAACCAGGUCCUGGUUACCUUCAAGGCAUCCAAAAGAGCAGAAGUUACUCGGAGCCAGUCACUGCUUUGGUACUUCAGGGAGGAGAAGUUAGAGAUCCAAGUGUGGCGAGCUUAUGGCAACGAUAACUUAGAGAGGCCGCACCAGACCGACAGCUGGAUUGGCUCAGCCUAUGUAGACCUGUCCAGACUUGGGGAAAAAUCAACAAGGACACUAACUGUCAGUGGUGUGUAUCCUCUGUUUGGAAGAAAUGCUUCCGACCUCUCUGGAGCUGCUCUGCGUGUCCAUGUGGUUCUUUCCCCCUUCUUCCCACACUCUGAGCCCUCUCGUGAGCUGGACUCCAUGGACUGCAGCAGCCACAGUGAGUCUGAGCAGCUCCCCAGAAAGAGCGAUGAGCCCCAGCUCUCUCCGCCCUGUGUGCUCCAGAAGUCUCCUGCCUCCACCCAGGUCCAUGGCAACAGCACUGCAGCCGAUGUGUGCCCCUCCCAGCAGGGCCCUCCCGAGUUGGAUGGGACUUUUGCUGUCAGCAUCCUGGUAGAGAGAGCCAUGCACUUGAGCUUGAAAGGGAGCCCCUUGACAGAUCGGAAAGUGUCCGUACCUAGUUGUUGUGUGUCCUUUGCCACAGCCACUGAGCCAUCUCCUGUGUACACCCAUGUGGUUGAGAAUACCGAUUCCCCCAUCUGGGGUUUUCAGCAGCAGUCCAGGUUAUCAAAAGAGCUGCUUUUGGACCCACAUCAAACCCUGGUCUUCAAAGUGUGGCAUAAAGGAGAUGAAGAGAGGGUGGUUGGCUUUGCCUCGGUGGACCUCUCCCCACUACUGUCUGGCUUUCAGUUUAUCUGUGGCUGGUACAAUAUUACAGACUUCAGUGGAGAGUGCCAAGGGCAAAUAAAAGUUGCCAUUUCCCCUAUGGAGAGUCUGAUGCACUUUAAAGAAGAAAGACAAGCAAGACGUGGGAUAGAGACUCCAGGAUCACUGAUCCCAAUGUUCAGCCCCCUUUCCUUCCCUGCCUCUACUGUAUGUGAUGCGUUCCCUGGGCCCAUGGCAAGGCACAUCCCAGGCCUGCCUGCUCACGCCGCUCCAGAGGAGGAUCUCUCCUCUCCUGCAAGAAAUGGCACCAUAAGAAACCAGGCAGCUCGCCAUGAAGAGCACGUGCAGAACAUCCGCCGCUUUCACGAGUCCCUACAGCACGGGGAGGCAGUCUUGCCAAGUGAUGGGAAACCAACCACAGUGCCUUCCACCCCCCACACCUCCAUCCUGACGUGUCUCAGGAAGAAUCUGAGUGAGCUGGAUGAGAUCCAGAAGUACUUUAACCAGAAGCUCAGCAAGCCUUUGCUGCCCUUCAGCUCUCAGAGCUCUCCUGCUGUCUCACAGAGCCAGGAGAGCCAGAGGGAACCUGUGAGCGUAAGAACCAGCAGCCGAGACCCCGAGAGCCAGUGCAUCCUGGAGAAAUCCAGUAACCUGGUGUUGCAAGUCAGUUCCUUGAUCUCAGAUCUGCAGACUAUCACCAGAGAUUCACAAGCAGCUUUGACUUCUCACCAAGCCAGGAGUAGAAGCAGAGCAGUCGCCACCCUCCCAGUUGCUCGGGACACCGAGGCUGUUCGAGAAGGAAGCACCACUCCGGAGGAGCCAUUGGCAGGAGCUAUAGAGGCGAGCCCAGAGUCUCUGCCUCCCCCUGCUGAAGCACCCUCAGAGGGAGGAGGGAUGGUUCGUGAGUCACUGGAACAGACAGUCCCCAUCAUGAGGGUGCAGAGCAGCGAUGACACGGAGGUGGGCCCAGACUACAGUGAUGAAGACUAUGAGGAAGACAUCAUUGAGCCCAGGACCCUAAAUGAAAUAACCACAGUGACAGACAAAACGAGCCCCUGGUCCAGUUUCAUGUCAGACAUGAGUGAGAUCCUUAGCCCUCAGCCCAAUGAGGUACAAAGGGAAGGCCCCUCCCCAGAACCUUUCCCCAGAGAGGAGCUGAAGGUCAGAAGUAGCCCUCAAAAGGCACUCAGCCCCCAUUCUGCACAGGGCUCCCCUAGCCAAAGUGUUUUUUGUGAGGGUGGAGCCUAUGAGAUCAAGGUUGAAGACCUUGCCUCAACCAAGCCUCAGCUUGUCCCAAGCCUAACAUUCUCAGAACCCCAAGAGAGCACUGAUUGUGUUGAGCAGUAUCCACCACAGGUAAAUCAAGGUAAGAAGCCCACACCAGAGAUUCUGGCUGAGAGUGAGGCUUUCUCCAGUGAGUUCAGUGACUCUUCUGAGAGCUUUGAGAAGUUUCCUCUGCACCUACCCUCCCAAAGCAAAAGGGAAGACCACAAGAAGCCACCCAUGGACUCCCCUGCUGUGAGGCAGAAGCAAGUAACAACUGGGUCAGAGGUGUCCACAAGGCAGAAGCUCCUUCUCCCAGAACCUGUUGUGGUGCCCAACUUCUUUUUGCCUCCCCAGCAACUUGAGGCCUCUCUACGCAUGAUCUCACACUCUCCAGCUUUGCCGCCACCAGCCACAGCUGACCAGGACACGCCAGGCUGCUGGGUGCUUGCUUUUUGUCUGCGGUGCAGCUGCCCUAAGCAGGAGCAUGAGAGUAUGUAGAAGAAUGGCCAGUACACUUGGGGUUAUAUAUCCUGCCUUGAACAGUUUCCUUCUGCCCAGACCUGCAGGGUUACGUGUUUUGCUGUAGCAACUCUGAUAAAGAGAUUCUUUAGCACUUACUGAUCAAGAUGUUUGUCAAACCCAUUAAAGUCAACAGGUGCUACUGAGUGUAUGUCUGUGUGUAUUUAUAUCUCCACCCUCUCUGCCCUGGGCCCUAGGCCUGGGCUGUGCAGAUAAGGUCCCCUAGGUCACUGGGUCUGGGUGUGGGUGCUGGAAGGUGGGCUGAAUCAGCCACAUUAGCUUCAGCUCCAAGGAUGAUAGGACCCCGAGGCAGCUAUAGGCCUGUGUGUAUGCCCUUCCUCUUUAUGGCUGGCCUCACUCUCAGCUCCAAUGAAACCCAGCUAUCUUAAGCUCCCAACACUCAUUGAGGCCUACCUGGACCGAUUCAGCUAUUAUAAUGGCUCCUUUCCCCAUGUUCCCAAGCUCCAAACCUCAUCUCUGACUGCUGGGUAGGUCAGUGUCCAUCUCCCUUUCAUCUUGAGUCCUCUGCAAGGGCAGGAGCCAUGUCUGUCUAUUGUCCACAUGAGCUGUUCAGAGGGAAUAGGUCUUAAACUUAUAGGAGUCUUGAUGAGCCACCAACAGAAGCUUGAUGGCCAUUUCAUGAACUACACAGAACUGUGGAAGUCUCCAAAGUAGAGACAUAACUUCUAACAAGUGUAGAAACAGAAGUCCAGUUUUAGAAAUUGACAAAUGAUCAAAUACGGUGCCUCGGAUCAGAGGUACACAGUGAGACCCUAGCUCAUAAAUACAAGACCUGUUUCAAUCUGAUCUGGCUUAACCUCUUAGUUCCCUGUAGCAGAGGAUAAAAAAAAAAUGUAAGCCACAACCAGUGACCCAAAAGAUGUGUCUGUAGUACAGCCAGAGCACCAAAUGGGACGGAUGUCUCCUCUAAACACCAAACCCUCGGGAUCUUGGAAUGAGGCACACAGGAUCUUAAAAGUCUUGCGGAGAACCUGAAGUACUGUGUACACACAGUAGGCCACAGCCAUUGGCUCUAGUGGAAUGAGUGAGGCGUUUACUGCUCAAGGCAGUUUUCUCCCAACCUGAUCUAAACCAGGUCUUCACGACCCAGUCCUACCCACUCUUGGUCUCAUGGCUUCCAAGCCCUCAUCUUGACUUGGCCUGCCUGGGGUUGUAUAUUAAAGCUCUAGUUAAUGUCCUCAGAAGUGCCGAGUCUGGAGCAGAGGGCAACAUGGAAACACUGGCCUCUUGGCCCUCCCCUGGCCUGAGGUGUUAUUUUAGAAGGAAGACUGCAAACCAACAAAUACCCUUCCCGUUGGCCUAGACUCCCCAGAACACAGAGCUGUACCUCCAGGCUCUGACACUGCUCGUUCUUGGUCACCAGGAAUGCCUGCCUCAAUGCCUGCUCGGCUUGUCCACCACCCUGCAGUGCGCAGAGAUCUGGACUGACAGGGACAGUCCCUUCUGUCUGCCCAGCCCCCUUGUUCAUGGUUGGGAAACUAGCUCCAAGCAGUAGAGAGAUGCCCAGCUCUCAUUCCCCUUAGCCAUUCUGGCGGUAGGGCACUGUGCCUCACCUGUUUUACUCUGAGCUGUGAAGCCAGGAACUGUUCCAUUUAUGUCUGCCUCCAUUUGGCAUGUAUUUCUCCACAGAAAGGAGCAGUGGGGCUUCGGAGUGUACUUCUCCUGGAGCCUCUCUAGCCAGACCUGUUAGCACGUUUACAGGGUACAGGCUGUGGGGAGGGCUGGAGCAGUGUGGUAGAGUCUCAUUGCUCCAUCCUCAUGGGAAAGGCCUGUAGAUUUAAGGACAAGAAAGAGAUCUUCCCAUAGGGCAGGCUGUGCACUGUGAAGCCAAGCCCGUUGCCCUUGGUGACGGCCUCCACUCCUCUGUGUUGGCUCUUCCCUGCCUGACCUCCAUCUCUUCCCUAAGGGCCUUAUUCUCAGCCCGCCAG